UCUUUGAUUAUCAAGAUGAAGAAGUUUUUGCAAAACAAAAAAGGCAGAUACUCGUUUCGGCAGAGCAAACGGGGCCCUCGGAAUCCUGCUAAAGAUUUCUUCCUCAGCAUGCCUACAUCCAACCAGGGGUGGCCUGAGGAGUUUGGAUUCCAGCUGGGUGGCAGUGGACCCAGCUAUAUUCUGUCUGUGGAGGAAGGGAGCAGCGCCCAUUUGGCAGGAUUGCAGGCUGGUGACCAGGUCCUGGAGAUUGAGGGUCACAAUGUGUCAACACUGGGCCCUCAAGCCAUCAUUGCCAUCGCACAGACUCAGAAGAACAUCCCACCCAGCAUCGGCGUCGUGUCACGCAUACAGCAGAUGGACAUCGCACCAGGUCCCGACGGUCGAUUUGGGUUCACGAUUGUGGGAGACUGCCCCCUGCUGGUGGAGGACUGCUCGCCUUGCUCUCCAGCUGGCCGUGCAGGUCUGCGGGCGGGGGAUUACGUCAUGGAGGUGAGCGGGAUCCCCGUCAGGCAGCACGAGACGGCUGCAGCACUGAUAAAGGCGUCCCAGGGGAGGACACUCCGUCUGGGCGUGCUGUGCCUCGGUUCGAGACAUAAACGCAGCAGCAGCAUCGAGGACAGCCAGGUGGGAGGAGAGGGGAUGAGACUGGAUCGCAAGUACAAGGCUCUGGAGUUCAACAGGAAGGUGGACCAGAUUUUAGGUGAUGAGCCGGAAGUGAAAGAGAAGCUGUUCGCCGUGCUGAAGCAGUAUGCUGCGGAGAAGAGAGUUGAUUGGUUGGCUGCUGUCCUUCCAGAAAUACUCACAACUGAUGAGCAUCGACAGCUCAUUUCCAGCAUCAGAAUCUUCAUUCCCAAGAAGCACCGACAGCGCUUUGACGAGUCCGUCUCCCAGAACGUGAUCAACAAGCUCUGCCGCAGUAAGAGCAUCAGCGAGCCGCAGGGUCGAAUACGACGGAGCCGGAGCGAGGAUCACUCCGACCGCCGCCACGGGUCCAAGCGAGCCAGCUCAGUACCCCGGGAUGGAGGAGAACCCAGAGGGAAGGGCGAGGCGGACAGAGACAGGGGCUUCAGGAAAUCCGUCUCUGGAAUACCAACACAUCCUGCUAUUGGACCUAAUCAGAGGCUUGUCCGCAUCUACAGGGGGAAGAAGAACUUCGGCUUCACCUUGCGAGGUCACGCCCCUGUUUCCAUCGACUCUGUUAUCCCAGACAGUCCUGCUGAAGAAUGUGGCCUGAAACCGGGCGACCGGAUCCUCUUCCUGAAUGGACUGGACAUGAGGAACUGUUCCCAUGAGAAGGUGGUGUCCAUGCUGCAGGGCAGCGGCGCUAAUCCCACUCUGGUGGUGGAGGAAGGUCCGACUGAGUCCUCGGAGCAGACUGACCACGAGGAGUCUCCCAGUCGCCUGGCCCCCACCUCCUUACCACGAUCCAGGUCUCCAGCUCUCAGUUCCCUCCAAUGGGUGGCAGAGAUUCUUCCUCCAAGCAUCAAAGUCCACGGUCGGACCUUCAGCCAGCAGCUGGAGCACCUGCUGACCAUCCAGGAGAGGUACACGGUGUGCAAGGCCCUGGAGACCUUCUUCCAGCACAGGAAUGUGGACACGCUGAUUGUAGACGUUUUUCCCGUGUUGGACACGCCGGCCAAACAGCUAAUCUGGAAGUUCAUCUACCAGCUGCUGACCUACGAGGAACAGGAGCGCUGCCAGAACAAACUCUCACGUUUUUUGGGUUUCAAGAGCACCGCGUUGUUGGAGCCUGAGGUCGGUACCGAGCACCUGCGGCGGAGCAGUUCCGUGCGUGUGACGGGAACAUCGUACCGUGGCAACGUCCGAGAGAGGAGCUCUGACGACUGCAUCAUCGGGACUCACCUGGGAAAGGGAAUUCAUGUUGAUGAAUCUGGGAGUCCAGAGGAGAGGCAGUCAGGAGAUGGAACGUCCUUCCCAGAGUCCCCUGACCUCAGUCAUAUGACAGGCGUGUACACGGAGCUGGAGAACGUGUACGCAGGAAAGCCGCCGCUGCAGGGUAGCCCGUCGGCGGAACCCGAAGGGACGGGACAGACUGAGGCCUCCGGCCGCUCUCUCUCCCCCCUCACCCUCCCCCCGCUCAAAGGAAAUCGCAAGUCCGGCCUGACGCUGUCGUGGAAGGAACCUCUGCCCACUCCUGUUUACGAGAUCCACCACCAGAGCAGCGUGGAGUCCAACCCGUACGUCAGCCUGGAGAGCCCGCCUGCCUCCCCCGAGCACAAAGGCACCCCCGCCACCCUGAACCGACGCAAGAAGCUGUUCACCUUCUCCCGUCCGCCUCGCAGCCGAGACACUGACAAGUUCCUGGACGCGCUGAGCGAGCAGCUGGGCCACCGCGUGACGCUGGUGGACGAUUUCGUACCUGGAGAGAAUGACUAUGAGGAGAUGAGUUUCCAGGACGAGCAGGAGGGGGGCUUCAUGCCUCUGCGGCUCAGCAGCGGCAGCAGUGAGGAGCACGGCAGCAGCGACGAGGCCUCCUCUCCGUCCUACUCCUCAGGAUCUGAACACAUACCCCCACCUCCCACCCAGAGCCCCCCGCCUCCUCCGCCCUUCCAGGCCCUGAUACCACCUCCAGUCCAGUUCAAAGACCCCCUGCCUCCAGUCCGCUUCUCACCAGAACACGUUCCCCGCAGCCGGAUGCCCUUCCAGCCUCACCAUCCCAUCAUCCCCCCACCUCCUCCCCCUCCUAGGACCCUCCUGUCCAGCCACCCUUCUUAUCACAAGGUGCCCCCCACCAAAGAGGACGAGGACAAAAGUCACCAGCGCCUCCACACAUCCUCCACCCGGCUGCCACACGGCCACACCGCACUGGGUUCUGCCACCUUGCGCACCUGUCAGGCCUCUCGCCCCUGCUGCCUCCCCCGGCAGAUGAGCCAGCCUCAGCCCGUUCAUCAGCCGUCCCCCCAGCCGCUGAGGCCGAGCCAGCUCGUCCUCCAGAGACACCACCAGCUCCAUCACCAACACAGUUACCAGGGCUCCCUGCCGCCAUCUCUCCAGGACCACAGCCUCACCCAGCACCAGAGUCAAGGCUCCGGAACCUCCUCACUGCUCUGCCACCCUCCCGGGUCUCACUCCACCCUCCCCAGCCAAAGCAAGAGCUACGAAGCCCAGCGGCAGGAGCAGCAGACGCCGCAGACAUCGGUGCCUCCUACGCCGCCUCUGCCCCCGCCCUGCGACCCCCCUCCGCUGCCCAAACCCGUCCCCCACGCCUCAGAUGCAAACCACAUGAGUGUGAAGCGGCUUCGCUGGGAGCAGGUGGAGAACUCUGAGGGAACCAUAUGGGGUCAGCUCGGAGAAGAUUCAGAAUACGAGAAGCUGACGGACAUGGUGAAGUACUUGGACCUCGACCUGCAUUUUGGAACUCAGCAUAGAUCCAUCUCUCCUCCAGAGCCGCCAUUCCUGCUGGAGCACUUUAAAAAGAAAGACGUGGUGGAGAUUCUGUCUCAGAAGAAAGCGUACAACGCCUCCAUCCUCAUCGCCCACCUGAAGCUGUCUCCCGCCGAGUUGCGUCAGGUCUUGUUGACCAUGACGACCGAGAGGCUGGAGCCCGCCCACAUCAAGCAGCUGCUGCUCUACUCCCCCGACCAUGAGGAGGUCAAACAGUACGAGGAGUUCAAUCAGGACCCUGGAAAACUCAGUGAACCCGACCAGUUCAUUUUCCAGAUGCUGAUGGUGCCCGAGUAUAAGACCCGUCUGAGGAGCCUCCACUUCAAGAUGAUGCUGCAGGAGAGGAUGGAGGAGAUGAAGGUCGCAUACAAUUACAUCUACAAAGCUUCAGUGGAGCUUAAGAGCAGCAAGAAACUGGCCAAAAUUUUAGAGUUCGUACUUGCAAUGGGGAACUACCUGAACAACGGGCAACCCAAGAGCCACCGGACCACAAGUUUUAAGAUCAACUUCCUCACCGAGCUUAGCACAACCAAAACAGUGGACGGUAAGUCCACUUUUCUCCACAUUCUGGCCAAGUCUCUGUGCCAACAUUUCCCCGAUUUGCUCAACUUUUCCAGAGACCUGACGACGGUGCCUCUGGCAGCCAAAGUGAACCAGAGAAUCAUCACGUCAGAGCUCAGCGACCUUCAAGCCACCAUCCAGGACAUCAGGGCGGCCUGCCUGAAGAUCCCGCCCACCGCCGAGGACCACUUUGCCUCCGUGAUGAGUAACUUUCUGGAGAACAGCCACCCGGCGGUCCAGUCUUUGGAGUCCCUGCAGAACCGAGCCAUGGAGGAGUUCUCCAAGGUGGCCUCCUUCUUUGGUGAGGACAGCAAGUCCACCAGCACGGAGGCCUUCUUCGGCAUCUUUGCAGAGUUCAUCUCCAAGUUUGAGAGGGCUCUGAGUGACACUCAGGUCUUGGAGAACCCCAGAAGCCCCAGACUCUCAUCUCCUCUGGCCUGGUAGAAGAAGAAAACAGGUCCAUUUCCACUCCAGUCUCCUGAACCAAAGUGCCAACAUCUCUGUCAUACACACACACACACACAGAGCUGAUCAAACCAGGAAGAACAGAGGCCACGCCCUCUCCGAUAAACAACGCCACCGUCAUUUCCAGAGAACAUGGAUUAGCGGCGGUAGCGAGUGAGCUGCAGCGC